AUGGCGGUUGGCUCCUCUCAAUGCAUCCAUCGGUUAUGCAUUGACGCAGUACACACCCCUCCUAACUCUUAUCAUCGGUGUCUUCAGCCCUCACGUCACCACCGGCAGGAGACCGUCGCCGUUAGUCAUCUACUCCCCUGUGAAGCCACCGGCCGGAGACCGCCGCACCCAACAGCUAAGAUUCAUAAAGAAAGUCCAAAAAUGCUACAAAACGUACCUCACCAGAUGAUACAAUCUCCCGCUAGGCUAGGCCUCCCAAACCCUAAUUCACCAUCUUUACAAACCCCAGCCCCUCCAAAAUUCACCUCACAAAUCCCACAAUCACACCCACCAAACCUCCACCCAAAUCUACAAACAACCCCCACCUCCCUAACCCUCCUCCCCCUCCUUCCACCACUCCAAAGAGCCCAAUCAAUUCUCUUAAGAAUGUCAUCCCUCACAACAAAACUCUUUGAUGUCUCCCCAAACCAAACCCAAUGGCUCACCACAUUCCGUGGUUCAUUUCCCACAUUCCUUUCCACCCAAACCCAAGCCCCAACCGAUUCCAUUCCCACCACCACCAAAGAAAUCAUCUCCCUUUUUACAACUCUUCAAUCCCAACUCUUCGAAUCCGUAACCGAACUCCAAGAAAUCCUCGACCUCCAAGACGCCAAACAAAAAAUUACCCGCGAAAUCCGAUCCAAAGAUUCCGCAAUUCUCGCGUUUGCUAACAAACUUAAAGAAUCCGAACGUGUUCUCGACAUGUUAGUCGAUGAUUAUUCCGAUUAUCGCCGUUUAAAACGAUCCAAAGUUGAAGAAAAUGAAGAAGAUUCAAAUACAACAACAGUUGCCACACAUUUAAACUUAAACGAUAUUUUAUCUUACGCGCAUAGAAUAAGUUACACAACGUUUGCUCCACCUGAGUUUGGGGCCGGGACGGCCCCCUUGCGGGGGGCGUUGCCCCCCGCACCUCAGGAGGAGCAGAUGCGUGCUUCACAGUUGUACUUAUUUGCUGACAUGGAUGUGGGGCUACCGAAAUCCGAUAAGGAGAAAUUUACGAUUGAGCCCUUGGCUGAAAAUGUGUUGGAGGGUAAUUUGGCGAUUAAGGAUAUGCUUCCUACGAAUAUUGUGGUGCCGUCUGGGUGGAAGCCGGGGAUGCCGGUGCAGUUGCCGACGGAUCUACCGAUUCUUCCACCGGCUGGAUGGAAGCCGGGGGAUCCGGUGGCUUUGCCACCGUUGGAUUCGGUUGCUGUUGCUCCUAGGAUUGAGGAGCAACAGCAACCGGUCCAUGUUCCUGGGUAUGGGAAGGGACCGCAACCGAUACAGGUUCGGCAUGUGCAACUUGAUAUUGAUGAUGAUAGUGAUACUGAGUACAGUAGUGAUGAUAGUUCUGAUGAUGAAGAUUGAUAUCCAGCUAGUUUCUAGUUUUGUUUCAAUCAUUGUCGAGUUUAGGUUUUUCUUCUUAUAAAAAUGCUCAUGGUAUGUAAUAAUGUAUCAAGAAUGUGUGUUUAGUGGAUGGAAUGUAAUGGAAAUUGUUAUUCAUUGGUUGUCAUGUUUCUGUUGUCUAAAGCCACAUCCAUUCCAUGUUUGCAAAAAAAAAAAAAUGUUGAUAUAGAAAUCUUG